UGGGCGUGAACGCCGUGUACAAUGACUACGCGGCCUUCCAGAGCUUCCUGCGAAGUCGUAGACAGCUGCUUCCCCGAGGUGCGUGCUGUGGCCUCCGCCCCACUCUCGCCGAUCUCCUGUAUCCGCGAUGAUCUUCGACAAGGUGAAGCGCUUCGCCGUCUUGCUGGACGGGCCCGAGCCCGAGCCCGCUUUCAGCGGCGGCCAGGCCGUGUCCGGGACGGUGCUGCUGGAGCUGGCGGCCGCGGCGCGGGUGGGAGCCCUGCAUCUCCAAGCCCUGGGCUGCGCCCGGGUGCACUGGACCGAGUCCCGCAGCGCUGGCUCCAGCACCGCCUACACGCAGAGCUACAGCGAGCAGGUGGAGCUGGUCAACCACCGCGACAUGCUGCUGGCCCCAGACUCUGGGGACGCUACUACCUUACAGCCGGGAAGGCACGAGUUCCCCUUCAGCUUCCAGUUGCCCACGACUUUGGUGACCUCAUUUGAAGGGAAGCAUGGGAGUGUUCGAUACUGUGUGAAAGCCAAGCUCCAUAGACCCUGGGGCACAGCCAAACGGGCCAGAAAAGAGUUCACAGUGAUCGAGCCCAUCGACAUCAACACUCCUGCCCUGCUGGAGCCUCAGGCAGGUGUGAAAGAAAAGAUGGCUCGAGCCUGGUACUGCAAUCGAGGCCCAGUUUCCAUCACAGCCAAGAUUGACAGGAAAGGCUAUACCCCAGGUGAGGUCAUCCCCGUCUUUGCCGAGAUAGACAAUGGCACUAGCAGGCCAGUUGUGCCCAAGGCCGCCAUUAUCCAGACCCAGACCUUUGUCGCCCGUGGGGCCCGGAAGGAGAAGAGAUCGGUGGUGGCGAGCAUUGUGGGGGAGCCCGUCGCCGCGGGGAAACGGGAGCUCUGGCAAGGGCGAGCACUGAAGAUUCCUCCCGUGGGACCUUCCAUUCUGCAGUGCCGAAUUCUCCAUGUGGAUUAUUCUCUCAAGGUCUGUGUGGACAUCCCAGGCACAUCCAAGUUGCUCCUGGAGCUGCCCCUUGUCAUUGGAACCAUCCCGCUGCAUCCGUUUGGCAGCCGGACAUCCAGCGUAGGUAGCCAGUAUAGCGUCAACCUGGACUGGCUGCAUAUGGCCAUCUCCGAGCAGCCCGAAGCUCCCCCAGAGUACUCCGACGUGGUGUCUGAGGAGACAGGCCCAAGCCUCUCGCCACCACCCCAAGAGUCCAGGAGCAGCCAGGCCCCGGAGGGCCCUUUCUUUGCCUACAUCCAGGAGUUCCGCUACCGUCCACCUCCCCUGUACUCUGAGGUGGAUCCGAACCCUCCCUUGCAGACCAUUCGUCGGCGAUGCAUGACAUGUUGAAGCCCAGAGGCAGUGGCUUUGAUUCUGACCAGAACCAGCUCCUGGGAUCCGAUAAAGGGCAUCCCAGCUGGAGUGAGGCCAAGGAGGCCCUCUGAUCCGCCCUAAGGGAGAGCAGGCAGCUCGAACGCGCUCCUGAGGCUUUGGUGGCGAUGGCGGGGGCACGGGGAGUCUGCUCCCCAUGACUUUAGGAUUCAGCUGCUGAGUCCCCCUCUUUUCCAGCCCCAAGCUGCUUUUGGGUGAAGAUGGUCGCUGACGGGAGGCCAUUUUGUUCUUUCUGGAGACUACUCUAAACUUCUUUGGCUUGGAAAUGGGAGAGUAUUUCUGCCCCUGUGCCUUCAUUGGAAGAUUGCAGAGGUGAAGCCCCUGGAGGGGUUCAAAGAGAAGCUAUGGCUUGGCCACACACGGGAGAACCACCCCUAGAGGCUGGGGCCCUCUCAUCCACAGGCUGGGGCCUUUGCCUACAGACUGCCUCAUUUUGGACCAAGAAAAAGCUAUCCCUUUCCCAACCAGACACCUGAGAAUGCUGGGCUUGGCCAUGGAGUGGGUGGGCCAAGGCAGCAGGAGCUUAUGGGGCUGGCCCUACAAGCUGAGCCUGGGGAAGGGGGAUGGAUGGAGUUAGGGGUGAAUGAGGGGGCAGAGCUUUAUGAGGGAUGGCCCGUGGGUGCUAAAAGUGGGCAUGGCCGUGGGCUGGACGGCCCUUCUGAAGCUGGUGCUAAAGCUGGGAGGGACCAAGGGGUCUCUAGUCCACAGAUGCCCCCCACCCGGGCCUCUGGCAACAGAAGCCUUCCCCUUCCAGAGCCCACCACAGUGCCCAGCUCAAAGCUAAGCAAUGCAUGCUAGGCUAGCUCCUUCCUUUCAUGAGCAAGUAUCCGCUUGGCCUUGGCUGCAAACAUGCUGAUCAGCACUGUGGUUUUGAUGAAAUCAAAGAACAUUCGGGGAGGCUCCUCUUUUUGUACAGUUUUUUGUUUGAAAAUAAAUAAAAGUGAAUACCGUGCUUUCUACUGA